CAGCAGCGCGUGUGGUGAAACGUUGUGUUCAGUAAAGUGCUCCGCGAAAUACCUUAAAUUUUAUUCAUUUCCAUUUUCAUCACCACCACUACACAACACUACCGUCACCAUCACCAUCACCACCGCGCACCGCUGACACAAAUUGUGAUAAAAUCUUCAUUGAUAAAAACCAAAAAAGCCCAGCCCCGCCCCUCAACCAAUCUUUCUUUGCCGGAAAAACUAUUUAGUAUUUUCAUACGUUUCCGUGUUGGUUGUGUGUGUUUGCGUGUGUGUGGAAGAGGAAAGCCGAGCUAGUUCCAGUUUUGAUUUUGUUUUUUUGCAUAUUGUUUUUUUUUAUACACACCACAACACUCCCUUUUGUGAUUGGAUAGAUCGGACCGACGUCUUCAUUUUUGCGGAAAACCAGUAAAUAAAUCAGUUAUCAUACAUACGAGCAAUCCAAGUAAAACAAAGCCACGUCAGUCGUCGGUGGGAAGUGAAAUUGAAAAUUGUUUUUCGUGGUCGAACAAACAGAAAUCGUAAUUUGUUGUAUGAGUCAGAAAGCCGAAAGACCAGUACUAUCAGGUCAACGCAUCAAGACCAGGAAAAGGGAUGAAAGAGAGAAGAAUGACCCCACGGGAUUCCGUGACGCGGUCAUUGCAGGUCUCGAAGCAGCUGAAGAUCUAGAGCAAAUUUCCAAGUACCUUGAUAGCGCUGGUAAUAAACUCGACUAUCGUCGCUACGGUGAAGUAUUAUUCGAUAUCUUAAUUGCUGGUGGAUUACUUGUUCCCGGAGGAUCUAUUUCCCAAGAUGGCGAGAAACCACGUACCGAUCGCUGUGUAUUCGCAGCAUCGGAAGACAUGGAAUCGAUGCGGAACCAUGAGCAGAUCUUCAUGCGGCUCAUGCGUCGAUACAAGUAUCUCGAGAAAAUGUUUGAGGAGGAAAUGAAGAAAAUUCUCAUCUUCAUCAAGGGUUUUACUCCACUCGAAAGGAUCAAGCUCGCGCGUAUGACGGCCCUGUGGAUGGCUAAUGGUUCCAUUCCGCCACAAGUGCUGCACGUGCUGAACAAUGAACACCUCACGAAGGACGGGCUAGCGCUAGAGUUUCUGCUGGAAGUCUUCACGGUCUAUAAACAGGAGAAAGGUGGCAAUGCGCCUCUGGUGGCGACCCUCCGCAAGGGCGGUCUCGACACGCGCCUAAUGGAAUUCCUGCCCGUGAACAAGCGCAACGAGGACUACCUCAAGACGGUGCUCCUCGAGAAGGACCUGGCCGAUAUUUUCAAACUCCACAUGAAUCAAGCGAGUCAGGAAGCAAAACGAGAACUGACGCAGCUGCUUAUUGAUGAUAUUAACGAUAACAAGACAAUUAAGGAUAUUAUCGCCGACACGAAGGACAUGUCGGCGAAAUCUAACAUUCCCGAGCAUGAAGUCAUUGGUCUCAUUUGGUCCACCGUAAUGUCGCUAGCCGAGUGGAACAAGAAGGAAGAACUGGUUGCGGAGCAGGCACUGAAGCAUCUGCGCACCUACACGCAGCUGUUCGAGGCGUUCACCUCCACCGACCGGUCGGAGAUGGCGCUGCUGCUGAAGGUGCAAGAGUUUUGCUACGAAAACAUGCACUUCAUGAAGGCAUUCUCCAAGAUUGUGCUGCUGUUUUACAAGACCGAAGUUGUUACCGAGGACUCGAUCCUGAAGUGGUACAAGGAGGGCCAUUCGAACAAGGGCAAGAUGCACUUUCUGGAGCAGAUGAGGAAGUUCAUCGAGUGGUUGCAGAACGCCGAAGAAGAAACUGAAUCUGAAGAAGAGGACUAAAACGGCUGUCGUUCAACACAGGCAAGCACUUUUCAAUGUCGAACUUCUUGUUGCCUUGCCGCGUGCGCCCCCUCAUCAUCGUAUACAUCAUCCCAUCAGCAUACGACGUACAUCCCCGAAGAUACAACGUAAAAACAUGUACUGCCUGCCUGCCAACCUCUACCGCCGGCCGACCACCUUCCUCUGUCUGACGUCCUGGAGUUGUAUAUUCUCUAUUUUUCGAGAACUCCGGCCAAACCACCGUAACGAUUCUACGUCCCGCGGAUGGUCCCACAUCCUCCGAGGGCUCCCUCGGUAGCGGGUUACGAAUUUAGUUAUUCGAAACUCCGGUGGACAGUUGAUUUUUUUUUCGCGCGACUAGAAAUGGAUAGUAGUCUCUCUUAUUUAUUGAACCGACAGCGACGAUGACGACGACGACGACGACGACGAAGAAGAAGAAGACGACAAAACAUAAGUGAAUGCGGAAAGUCAGCGAUCCAACACACACUACUUUGGCCAGAAGAAGGAUGAAAUAGUUUGAUGCGCAUGAUGUGGAGGAGGGAGUAGGUUAGGAGGUCGGUUGCGGUUGUUGCUCGUGUGGGUGAACAAGAGAGUAGGAGAGGGGGUGAGGAUCAUUCAACCACGCGCGCGCGCGCGCGCUGCUGCGCACACACGAGAGGGGAAAACUACUGAAGGCGUGUUGUCUUACCUUCUGAUUCUGACACAUCUAGUGUUCUUUUUUUAAUAAUGGAAACAAUGACAACGGUUUAGAUUUUUGUUCCUUCCAAUGAUUGUGGUGGUGGUGGUUCUCGUGUUAGCUGUGAAAAAUAUAUCUUUGUAUAUACACGCGAACAUAAGAACCGCUUACACCGCCGCGGCCAUUAGAUAUGGAGUGUUUGAAAAUCCGGAAGUUUGAAGUUGAAGUAAAAUAAUGGAAACUAACUGAAAAGAAAAACUAUAAAAAGAUGGAAAAUAUAAACACACCAACAUAUUAUCACAAAUCGUA